CUGCAACAUGACAAUUUAUUGGCUCCCCUGCUACAAUUAUGGGACGCGUCUUUCUUCCUGAACAUUAUAAAGCCUUCGCUUAUUAUAAGGGGUGUGGUUGAAUUCCUCUGUAGAGAUCUUGGAGCUCUGAUUAAGUUAAGUUUCUUUCGUAACCCGGAAACAUUUUCCUGUACUGGGAGCUCCGCGAAUAGGGCGGCAUGGCUGGUGGUUCGGGUGGUGGAGGUAAGCCACUGCAGGAGACACCGACAUGGGCCGUCGCAGUGGUGUGCGCGGUGUUUGUGAUAGUCUCCGUCUUCAUUGAGCAUGGCAUCCAUCUUCUUGGAAAGUGGUUCCGGAAACGCCAGAAGAAGGCCUUAAUUGAAGCCUUGGAGAAGAUCAAAGCAGAGCUCAUGCUGCUGGGUUUCAUAUCCUUGCUUCUCACUGUGGCCACGGGCAUAAUAUCGAAGAUAUGCAUUCCUCCUCGAUAUGGAAGCUCCAUGCUUCCAUGUAGGGUCAGUGGUGACAAGGAGAAUACAAAGGGAAAAGGUGGCGAUGAAGACGGUAAAGGAGGAGAUGACUACGACCACAACAGGAGGAAACUGCUGUGGUUGUUUGCUGAGGACAUGGUACAGCGCCGAGCAUUGGCGGUGGGCUCCGGCAGAGGCGAUUAUUGCUCUCGGCGUGGGAAAAUACCAUUGAUCUCUCAAUCAGGGCUGCAUCAGCUCCAUAUGUUCAUAUUCGUCCUUGCCGUCUUCCACAUUCUCUACAGUGCAAUAACCAUGGCACUUGCUCAGGCUAAGAUGAAGCAAUGGAAAUCAUGGGAAGCAGAGACUUCAUCUCUGGAAUACCAGUACACAAAUGAUCCUGCAAGGUUCAGGUUAGCUCAUCAGACUUCAUUCGUGAGGCGUCACUCGGGCUUCUCAUAUAUACCUGGGAUGAGAUGGAUUGUUGCAUUCUUCAGGCAAUUCUUCGGGUCAGUGACGAAGGUGGACUACUUGACAUUGCGCCAUGGAUUUGUUAAUGCCCAUUUGUCACCAGACAACAAAUUUGAUUUUCACAAGUACAUCAAAAGAUCAAUGCAAGACGACUUCAAGGUCGUCGUCGGAAUCAGUUUCCCACUGUGGGUUUUUGCUAUCCUCUUCUUGCUAACGAAUGUCUACACGUGGCACACGUUCACCUGGAUAUCAUUCACCCCGCUCAUCAUACUGCUGUUAGUGGGAACAAAGCUUGAGCUGAUCAUAAUGGAGAUGGCUCAACAGAUUGAAGAACGUAGCACCGUCGUGAAAGGAGCUCCCCUGGUGGAACCAGACAAUAAGUACUUCUGGUUCAACAGGCCCGACUGGGUCCUCUUCUUGAUUCACUUCACCCUCUUCCAGAAUGCAUUUCAAAUGGCUUACUUCUUAUGGACAUGGUACGAGUUCGGGCUAAUGUCAUGCUUCCAUGAAAAUCGAAAAAUCAUAUUGGCGAGGGUAUUCCUAGGAGUGGUCUUGCAAAUCCUAUGCAGCUACAUCACCUUCCCUCUCUAUGCCCUGGUAACCCAAAUGGGGUCUCAAAUGAAAAAGGCCAUCUUCAAUGAGCAGAUGGCGAAAGCCAUAAUGAACUGGCACAGAGCGGCUAAGGAAAAGAGCAGGCUGAAGAAGCUGUCAGGCAGCGGACCUGGUGGCAGCACGCCUGGGUCCAUGAGCCCCACACCAAGCCACGGCUGGUCGCCGGUCCAUCUGCUUUGUAAACAUCACUCAUGCGACCUUGAGAGCGCCACUACUUCUACCAUUUCAUACCCAUCUCCCUCGAAUACCGAUCUUUCAGAAUUCGACAGAUCUAUUCAUGUAAGCCCCGAUCAACCUGAAAAUAUCAAGCCGGAAUAUCACGAUGCUGAUUUCACCUUUGAUAGGCCUUAGGAUAUGCAUUGACAGCAUGAGUUUCUGCUCGUGAAGUUUGGACUAGGCGAUUUACAUUUUUUCCAUAGUUCAACUAAUUAUUUCAUUGGAUCCAAUAUACUGGUCCAUUGUGUUGGGCCCAAUUUCGUCGGUUUAAUUAUCAAACGUCGAUUGGCCCAUAUGUACAGUCGAUUUAGUUUGACAAUGCACUGCAAUUC